CGAAUUGUUCUGGAACGACAUUGUUGUAACCACGUCGUAAAACGGACACAAAACACAACAUUGCUAGUGCUCUAGCACAUCUUGUUACGUGUCUGUGCAAAAUUCGCGAGUUUAAAACCAUUUUUUCCUGAUAAAAAUGGGAGACAGUCAGCCUAGUGCCGACAGGGACGCAGGCGCCUUUCUGGCGUGUUUUCAGUUCCUUACGUUACUGAGACCCGGUGGUAGAAACAGAGAGAACGGGACAAAAGUCAGUGUGGGAAUCCACACCGUCAGUGUAGCAGAAAAAGCCAAGUAUCGCUUGGUGAUUCGGUACGGCAAAAAGAAACGCUGUACCGCCUGGAAGAAAGUGGCUACCCAGGACUGGGACUUUACUGCUGAGUUUGCAGAUUAUGUGCCGGAAGAUAAGGUGAGAGUAGAGCUGCAGAAGAAGAAGAAAUGUAAAGUGAAAACAGUCGGGGUUACUACAGUGGACCCUACUCAGGCACUGCAGACAGACAAGCCGGAGAGGGAUUGGUAUAUCUUCGACCCACCCAAGAAGGGAAGGCUGUUCAUGGACAGGAACUUGUCUUUUUUGGAGGCGAGUGUAGCUGUGAACAGUCCGAAGGUGGAGAAGAAAGCCACACAGGAGAAAGGCACCACAACAAAGCCUUCUGAUGGGAACGAAAAACCGAAAGUUCGACCGGAAUUAACUGAGUUGAACCAGCAUGACGACACAGUCAAGACCACCAGUCAGACGGUUGGCGCAGAGAAGCCGGCAAAGACCGAUCAGGACAAGCCUCCACCAACAGCUAGCGGAGACAAGAAACCUGCGUCUUCAUCGCCAAAUGCAGCAUCUAGCUCACCAAGUUCAACAACAACAGGACAUACCCUCACAAACGACGGAGAGGGGGAUGUCAAACCGAGCCGGAUCCACAGGUGGUUCGGGUUCUUCACAAAGAAGAACAGUGAGACGACAGCGUCCGCUCAUGAACGAGUUACCACAAAGCCUUCUGAGAAGACAAAUAAAGAAACAGUCGCAUCUGAUGACCGACAGGAGAGCCCUUCUGACAAAAAGGAGUCUGAAGUUGCCCUGAAGUCCGCUUCUCAGCCAGUUGAUGAAGAGAAACUGGACAAGAGUGGCCAGGACAAGCCUACAGCGUCUUCCAGCGGAUCUCAAGAAUGCACACACCUAAAAACAACAGCCACAGACAAGUCCCUCACAAACGGAGAGGGUGAUGGUGAAAGAAGGAGUGAGCGCCCUUCCCGAUUCCGUCAGGUGGUCGGCUUCAUGAGAAAGAAGGACAACGGCAAGACCACGAGUUCUGCCGUGGGAGGAGGAGAGUCUAAGCAGUCUACCCCACAGUUCACUGACCCACGCUGCAUGGAGGUGAUAACAUCCAUUCACAAACUAUGGAAAGAGUUGUUGCCAAAGAGAGCAUAUUCUAAAGAGCUCCUCGACUACGCCAACUCGCUCAGGUCGAAGCUGGAGGCUGUUGCCCCACAUACGCGCGACAACACAGUUCUCAACAACCUGGUCGCUAAGGUGCCCGACUACACUCACUACGAGUUGCCAGAGAUGCAAGGCUUGAGUCUACACGAACUGAACCAGAUCCACAAGACUGUCGUGUUUUUAUUAGAGGAUGAGGAGAAGCGUGCAACAUACAUCAAGCGGUGGUUGAUAGACGAUAUUUGUCGGGUGGCAUUGGAGGAGGCGCCGCAGGUUCUGGAGACAACGGCCCCGCGGCCGUCCUGUUGCGCCAACUAGCGAUGAACUGUGGGCACUGCAAUCGUAAUUUCCCGAACGAAUAUUCGCAAUUUCCCUUCGUUUAUGAUGUUUUGAUAUAAACUUUCAUUGUUGUCCAUACAUUAAACAUUACAAAGGGAUCUAAUCAACAAAAAUGUAAUAUCUUGAGGUAAUGCUGCAGCAAACGUAACUUUCCGUACAAAUCGUCUUCAUUAAUGAAUUUCAAAUCUAACUUUUAUCGUUACAUAAAUGCACGGCGCCACAAAACGGUGUAACAGAAAAACAGACAGUUGCUAUUGAGAUAUAAACCAUGGACGCUUUUAUUCUGUUUGAUUAUGACGAAAGUGCACUUAUUUAGGGAACAAACCACAGUUUCACACAACACUGUUCACAAACUUUGUCUACUUAGCCUAUGCUGGUAAAACAUAUAUUCUAUAGCAAGCGUUACCUAUUAUCACAUACAACCGGCGAGGGUUUAUUACGGCAUUUGUUGAUCUAAUGCCGGUGAAUUCAUGGCUUGUUUCCUGACUUAUGAUGAAAAUAAACAAAAAAAGUUGUUCCCUUUUA